UAAUUCAGUGUCAGAAGAGAAAGGUCCUCGUCGUUCUGUGGCAUUUUUAGAGAAAUUUAGUGAAACAAAUGUAAUAUUAAAAGAAAAGUGUUUAGUAAAUUGUUUAUUAAAGUGUGGAGUGAAGAUUUAAAGUGUUUGUUGAACCAGAAUUGUAAAGUUAUAUAAAAGAGAACUAUGCCACCAAAUUCAUCAGAACCCAUCGUAGUGGGUCUUUCGAGACCCACUGGCGUCUUAAACGAGACCGACGCUGAAUUGCCCGACGGAGGAAUCACGGCCGACGUGCAAAAACUCAAAAAAGCAGACAAAUUACCAAGAAAAUUGGUUUGGAGAAACAUCUUAGCUUUUGCCUACCUGCACGUCGCCGCCUUAUAUGGAGCUUGGCUCAUGUUAACAAGCGCCAAGUGGACAACUUGCGCUUUCGCCUUAUUCCUAUACACACUCUCCGGUUUGGGAAUUACAGCAGGAGCCCACAGGUUAUGGGCCCACAGAUCCUACAAAGCAAAGUUACCACUUAGGAUUUUAUUAGUUGCCAUGAACACACUUGCAUUCCAAGAUUGCGCCAUGCACUGGGCACGCGACCACCGCGUGCACCACAAAUACUCCGAAACCGAUGCAGAUCCUCAUAACGCGACCAGAGGGUUCUUUUUUUCGCACAUCGGAUGGCUUUUGUGCAGAAAGCACCCCGAUGUCAUCGAAAAGGGUAAAAAAUUAGACAUCAGCGACCUGAAAGCCGAUCCCGUGCUUCGAUUCCAGAAAAAAUACUACAUGACUCUCAUGCCUUUGACUUGCUUUAUAAUCCCAACGUUGAUCCCUGUUUACUGGUGGGGCGAAACCUGGGCUAAUGCCUGGUUCGUGUCCACCUUGUUCAGGUAUACUUUCAUCCUGAAUGUUACCUGGUUGGUGAACAGUGCUGCACACAAAUGGGGCGACAAACCAUACGACAAAGAGAUCAGUCCAUCCGAGAACCCCUCAGUGGCGAUGUUCGCCCUCGGCGAGGGCUGGCACAACUAUCACCACACCUUUCCCUGGGACUACAAAACAGCCGAGUUGGGAAACUAUCGAAUGAAUAUGACGACGGCCUUCAUCGACUUCUUCGCCAAAAUAGGCUGGGCUUACGAUCUUAAAACCGUUUCAGACGAGAUCAUCAAGAAGAGGGUUGAACGCACAGGUGACGGUAGUCAUAAUUUGUGGGGCUGGGGCGAUAAGGAGCAGCCUAAGGAGGAAAUCGAAAAUGCUAUUAGGAUUAAUAAGAAGGAUUAAGUAGAUCGAGAAGUAAGGUGAUGUGUUGAGAGGAAUAGAUUUUUUUACUUUUGUUUAAAACUGUUUACUUUGGGAUAAAACAUAAAUUUCUUCAAUAUGAUACUCGUGAUAGUUGGUGCUACAAUAGGCUGAUUUAAGGGGCACAACUAGUGUAACCGCC